AUGGCAGACCAUUUGACCAUUCAAACGCAUACAGAUACCCACGAUGGACGCGCUCCAAGGAAGGAUAUUUCCUCGAUUGACGUCGUCAGCGAUAGCAGCUCUUCGGAUGCUCAUGGCCAUCUGGAAGAGCACUAUACCCAAAUUCAGCGCUUCUUCCGCUCAAUCCAAAGAUAUAUCUGGGACGAUCCAGACAAACCAAAGCAUGAAAAGAAGUUUCUGCUCAAACUCGACUUCUUCCUGCUGACCUAUGCAUGUCUCGGGUACUUCUGCAAGAAUCUGGAUCAACAAAACAUCUCGAACGCAUACGUCUCGGGAAUGAAAGAAGCAUUGAACAUGCAUGGCAAUGAGCUCACAUACCUGAGCAACGUCUUUACUGCUGGCUAUGUCGUCAGUCAACUUCCGGCAGUCAUCCUCGUUACGAAGGUGCGGCCGUCAUAUGUCAUCCCCACGCUGGAAUGUCUCUGGGCUAUCUUCACUUUCUGCUCUGCUGCUGUCACAUCGGUGCCUCAGCUUUACGGGCUAAGGUUUUUAGUGGCUCUAUGUGAAGGUGCUUUCUUCCCUUGUAUCAUCUAUUUAAUAGGCUCAUGGUACACUAAGCAUGAGCGUGCGAAGAGAACAACAAUCUUUUAUUGCACUGCGUCUCUAGCACACAUGUUCUCCGGCUACCUACAAGCAGCGGCAUACGACAAUCUCGACGGUCAUCUUGGACAUGCCGGUUGGCAAUGGCUCUUCAUCAUCUGCGGCAUCAUCAGUCUGCCCGUCGGAGUGAUCGGCUACUUCUUCAACCCCGACUUUCCGGAGAACACCAGAGCUUUCUACCUGACCAAGGAUGAAGCCGCUUACGCCAGACAAAGACUAGUCCUGGAUGGCUAUACACCUCUGGGUUCUUCCUCGUCAAAAUGGGACAAGAAGAAGAUCUUCCGCAUCGUCAAGACGUGGCAGUUCUGGGUCCUGUCUUUUGGCUACUUCUUCGUACAGUCCAGCCAUCCUUCACAGCAACCUUUCUACUCGCUCUGGCUCAAGGCUGAAGGUCAUAGCAUAUACCAGGUCAACGUGUGGCCGACAGGCCAAUCGGCAGUCGGUGCUGUAACCCAAAUCAUCGCAGGAAUGCUGUCAGAUUCGCCACUACUUGGCGGCAAGAGAUGGCAGUCGAUAGCAGUACUCCAAGGUGCCUCGUUCUUCGGCACGCUUGUUCUGGCAAUCUGGAAUGUUCCAAUCGGUCUCAAGUAUUUCGCUUUCUAUAUCAGCUACUGCUCUGCAGGGGUACCUGGGUUAUUCUAUUCUUGGUUCCCAGACCUGAUGCCGCAGGAUCAUGAGAUGCGUGGCUUCUUGACAGCCUUCUCGAACAUGUUUUCAUACGUCAAUCAGAUUUGGUUCCAGGAUGCAGUCUGGAGGACGGAGGAGGCUCCAAGAUUUCGACCUGGAUUCAUUGCUGCUGCAUCGUUCAGCAUUGCCUUAAUUUUGACGGCUUGUCUGAUACGCGUUCUGGAGAAAAGAGAUGCGAAGCGUGAUUAUCGAUCGAAAGAGGUUCCGGAAACCGUCUCGGAAACCAGUAGAGUGGAAGAUAAAGUCAUUCCUGAGCUACAGGCUGACCCGGUCCAUGUAGCAUGA